AUGGCUGAGCGCAAGGGCAUUUCGGGCUCGUCCACCUGGGUCCUGGACGAUGCCCACGGGCCCUCUGCACGGCCCACACGGCGCCCAGCAGCGGCGGUUCUGCAGCCGGCGGUGACCGCGAGGUGGCAGUGCCGACUCAGACUUCGGCGCCGCGGGCUGCUGAGGGUGCGGCCGCGGAAAGUGCCGGGUUUGCCGCGCUCUGUCCCCGGGAGGUUCCGGGGAGCGAGGACCCGUGAGGAGAAGCGGCCGCCCGCCCGGCAGAGCGGCAGGAGGAAGGCAGACGGUAGCACAGGCGACAUCGUCUCGGGGGGAGCCGAGACCGCGCAGGCUGGGGGGCCGCGGGCCCGCCCAGGGCGCAGUGCAGAGGGACGUCACCAGAGGGAAUGGCAGCACAGGUGUGAGCUCCAGAGAUUUCGGCAGCAAGGAGGCUGCGGGGCCCCGCCGUGGGCGCCGUUUCCACGUGGCACUGCGACCCGGGGGUGGCACGGGGAGGCCACGGUGAUUUUGCGACACCGUGCAUCUCCGUGCGGCCCCUGGGACGGCGUGAUAGACAGUUCAGCAUCCGGGGGAGUCAAGGACACAGGCAGGACCAGACUAGGAGAGGCGGGCAGGGCGGCGUGUGUGCGAGGGGGGGAGGGAGAGCAGGGCGCGAGCAGGGGCGCGGCACAGCGGCCUGGCAGCGAGCGAGGCGGGCGCUGGCUCCGGAGCCCGUGGCCAAGGCGGGCUACGGGCGGUGACGGAGCAGGGAUCGGUGCCUCCGCGUUCGGAUCGGAGACCAGAACAUCUCUGGCUGGCGCCCUGGGAGCGCAGCGCCCAGCUGGUCUCUGUCCUUUGCUUUCCGGAGGAGCCCACACAACUCUGGCCUCGGGACCUCAGAACCCUCAAGAUGACAAGAAAUGGUGCUACCCAGCUCACGCCUGGGCCUCGGACCCCGGACUUCUUCAAGUCCUUCUAGCUCUGACUCAAGAAUAUGCUGCACUUGGAACCACUAACCACCCGUCUCAGGAAUCGGCUGCGAAGGUAGAGCAAAGGACUGAGAUCAGCGACACCAGCACCACCGGACUCGAGCAGCUCCCGCGGCAGCACCUGCCCCCGCGGGCGAUACCAUCUUGGCUGCGCCCCAGCGAGGGCUGGAGACCACCCCAGCCGCCCGCCCGGCACCAGCACCCUCCUCUCCUCCUUCUUUUCAGAAUUUCCUGUCUCCUUUCCCUCCUUUCCUUCUUUCUCUGUCCCUGGCUCAGCAGGCUCAGCGUCCGGGACUCCGCGUCCCCCCCAUCCCCCUGAUUCAAUUUGCACUAUAAGUCGUUUGCACUGGUUUGGGGUCCUGGACCGCCCCGAGUCUCUGAGCGUGUGCGUGAGUGUGUGCGUGAGCGUGUGCGUGAGCCACUGCCGAGUGUGCCGGCCUCCUCGGGCCGGUGCCGCCCCAGCGCCCCCGCCCUCCGUCACUGGGGGUGCUGGGUGCGGCAGAGUGUGUGGGGCCCUGCCCCCCCCUCGCCUAGUCUGGACGCUCCGCCCACCAGGAGCACCUAGCACUGCAUUGUGCACCAUCCUGCCUGUGUCCCUCCUCACCAGGCUUCACCAGAAGCCUGGCAUCAUCAAUAAAUCCGUUCCAGCA